AUGGACCCUGGUGACACCCCUGCGCGCCGGCCCCCUGCCGUUCCCUCGCAGGUCCCCCGCGACAACGGCGCAGGCCCCGGCCAAUCCUCCAGCAGCGGCGCGCCGCCCGCGGCCGCCGCGCCGCCGCCGCCGCCGCCCCCGGCCGUCGACCUGCUUGGGGGCGACCUCCUAGGGGACGAGACGCCCCCCACCUCAAGUGGCGGCGCGCCGCCCGCACCGCCCGCAGUGGCCGCGGCGGGGCUUGAUGACUUGUUGGGUGGCAUGGGCAUCGGCGGGGGCGCGCCGGCAGCUGCGCAGCAGCCGCCUGCGGUCUCGCCUGCGGCGGCGGUCGCGGACGACCCGUUCGCGCUGCUCGGCGGCGGCGGCCCGGCGCACGCGCCCGCGCCGGCAGCGGCGCCGGAGCUGCCGCUGCUGCUGGGGCCUGAGAAGGGCAAGGGGCUGACGGUGCGCGGCCGGGUGGUUCGGCGGGACGGCGCGGCGGCGUACCACCUGCACCUGUCCAACGGCGGCGGCGUGGCGCUGGACGGCUUCAUGCUGCAGCUGAACAGCAACGCGUUUGGGCUGGCGCCGGCGGACCAGGUGGUGGCGGUCGGGUCGCUGGCGCCGGGCGGCAGCGGCGCCGCGUUUGUGCGGCUGGCGGUGAACCCGGCUAAGGUGGCGGCGGGGCCGGCGAGCUCAAAGCUGCAGGUGGCGCUCAAGACGGGGCAGCUGGGCGUGUUUUACUGGGACGACGCCAUCCCCCUGCCCGCCGUGCUGGAGGAGGGCGGCACCAUAGACGGCUCCGCCUUCCUCAGCGCCUGGCGCGGGCUGGCGCAGGAGUCGGCGCAGCGGCUGGACGUCACCAUAGGCGACAUAGAGGCCGCAAAGGCCAAGCUGGCGGCGGCACGGCUCUUUGUGCUGGCGCACCGGCCGGUCCCGGGCACCGGCCAGGACGCCCUGUACGUGACCGCCCGCCUGCCGGGCGUCGCCGGCGCUCCCCCCACGCAGCUGCUGCUCGAGCUGCGGCUGACGCGCGGCGCGCCCGGCGUGGACGCUGCGUUCAAGUGCCAGCGGCCAGACCUUGCGCCGCUCGUGUUUGAUGCGGUGGACAAGGCACUCAAGGCAUAG